GCCAAUCCAAUUUCUGUAAACUGCAACUGCAAUUGUGGGCCUUCACUCGCUGGCGUCCCAUACCACGAUUCCCGAAGCGGGCAUUCCAUCGAGGCUCUCGGCCCAGAACGGCUUUUUCUCAGCAACCCAGAGUGGAGAUGCCGGGAUCUUGGGGAAGCUCUUCCUCUUGCGGCUUGCAGUUGAUCAUCUUUCGGCUGCUGUGGGGACGUUGGCCAUUUUCCGCCACUGAGAGGGCCAAGCGAUGAUGCCGGGAGGGUAUGCCAUCCCACGGUACCGGUUCUAGAUACUAGACAGAUGUAGGGAAUGGAAUCGUGCAGUCAAAGAACCUGUCAGCAGGUGUGGCAAGUGCAUCUCUCUCGAACCAUACCAAAUUGGCUACCUUUUCCUCGAGGGGUUCCUGGCAUGUGCCGCAAAUCUCGCUCAAGAGGGUUUGCGCCACCAGCAUCAUGAGGGGAAGAGGAGAAGUGAUCUUGGGACCGAAAUCAAGAAUGAAAGUCGCUUUUGCCAUUAUGCAACCAUAAAUCUGGACCACGGCGUGAUUGGCCCGAUAGGAUCUCAUUGCAGCGAUCAUGUGCAGGUAUAUCGAAGGGAACCGGCGGAGGCGACGGAAACCCCGAGAAGUCGCAUUUCCAUACUUUACUUUGACUCUCUCCGGGAGUUCCUGCCUGGCAUGGCCUGGCCAGUCACCACUCUUUCUCUAUAACCUUUCCUUGGACUGGUGCAUUUAAUCUCCGGCUCUUUUUCCUUUUUUUUCUUUGCCCGUUCCUCCUUCCUUUUUAUUUAACUCUCUCAUCCCGUCGCGUCCUUCCCGCUUCCUCACACUACCGCUUCUUCUUACCCUCUGUCCUGUCUUAUGCUAUAAACUCAUCUAGAAUUAUCUGGCUGGUGGAGAAUAUUCUAUCAUAACGGUCACUGUGAUGUCCAGUCCUCCUCGUCAAACCAUGGACAGGGAGAAGGAGGGUGGCUCCGAGGCAUCCUCUUCGACUCAUACGGAUGCGAAGGCUCUCCCCGACAAUGACAAAGACGACAUCCCGCAACUUCCCAAGUCUCGACUCGGCUUGGCUAAUGACCCGGCAGCUGGAACGACCUUGCACCAGCUCGAGCAUACUGUUUCAGAAAAGAUUGAACUUACUGAAGAGGAUUGUUACGACCAACUUGGCUACGCUUUCCCGGAAUGGAAAAAGUGGAUGAUCAUCAUCGUCAUCUUCCUUGUCCAGACCUCGAUGAACUUCAACACCAGUCUUUAUUCAAAUGCCGCCACCGGAAUAUCUGAAGAGUUCGGAGUGAGCAUGCAGGCCGCUCGGUGCGGUGCUAUGAUUUUCUUGGUUUUGUACGCCUUCGGCUGUGAGCUCUGGGCUCCUUGGAGUGAAGAACUGGGUCGAAAGCCUAUCCUACAGCUCAGUUUAUUUUUCGUCAACGUUUUCCAGCUCCCCGUUGCGCUCGCGCCCAACUUUGCGUCGAUCAUGGUUGGCCGCGCUCUUGGUGGUCUCAGUUCAGCCGGUGGCUCCGUCACCUUGGGCAUGAUCGCGGAUCUUUGGGAAGCCGAUGAGCAGCAGUAUGCUGUGGCUUGCGUUGUCUUUUCUUCCGUCGGUGGUUCGGCUCUGGGCCCUGUCGUGGGUGGAUUUGUGGAGGCCUACCUACCAUGGCGCUGGAACAUCUGGAUUCAACUCAUAUUUGGAGGUUUUGUGCAAGUCGCCCACCUGCUGUUGGUACCCGAGACUCGGACAACAAUCAUGAUGGAUCGAAUCGCCAAAAAGAAGAGGGAGAGUGGGCAGGAGCCGAAUCUCUACGGACCCAACGAGCUCGUUUCCUUCCGCGAACGCUUCUCAGCGAGGGAAAUUCUCGUAACCUGGAUUCGACCGUUCAAAAUGUUUUUGACAGAACCUAUCGUGCUGUGUUUGUCCCUGCUCAGUGGCUUCAGCGACGCUUUGAUAUUCAUCUUCAUCCAGUCCUUUGGCCUUGUAUAUGACCAGUGGAACUUCAGUACUGUCGCCAAAGGCCUGGCCUUCAUCCCAAUCCUCAUUGGAUAUUUUAUCGCGUGGCUUUCCUUCAUUCCGGUAAUUCGAAGGAACAUUGGAGAGCGGCGAAUGAAGCCAGAUGACGAACAUACACAAUACGAGUCUAGAUUGUGGUGGCUGCUUUAUACAGCGCCUUGUUUACCAAUUGGAUUGAUCGGCUUCGCGUGGACAAGCUUGCCUCACGUGCAUUGGAUAGGCACCAUGAUAUUUUCCGCAGUUGUUGGCAUUGCCAACUAUAGCAUCUACAUGGCUACCAUCGACUACAUGAUUUGCGCUUACGGUCCUUAUUCUGCUUCUGCCACCGGCGGAAACGGAUGGUCCAGAGACUUCCUGGCCGGUGUGCUCACGAUUCCUGCGACACCUUUCUACACGAGUAAGUAGUUAUCCCGUAGACCUUGUUUAUUCAAUUGCUGAUACAUGUCUCAUUAGACAUUGGCGGGGAACAUCACCUGGAAUAUGCGUCCACUAUUCUAUGUAAGCUUCGGUUCCAGAGGCCCUGUCAGAAGAUACAAGACUAAUCAAAGCAACUAGUUUGCAUCUCGUUCAUACUUGUU